GGAGAGUUGGCCAUAUUAUCAUCCCUUGGUACCUAUUGUUAUUAUUCUCGCUUCGCCAGCGCCGGGACUUUCCCACCUGAACCCCGCCCCCUUUUCUGUGGGUUGCGGCGCCCAUAAAUAGCCCGGGCGGGUCGUCAUCGGCAACCAGCGCUGAAAGGACGUCUUUCGAGGGAAGGUUGAAGCGUCUCUGCUCCUGCUCCUCCUCAGCCGGCCUGCCGAAGCGCCAAUUGUUGCUGCGCCACAGAAACCCAGCGCCGCUGCCGUCGCCGCGAUGGCUCAAUUGACGAUCAAGGCCUACCUGCUGGGCAAAGAGGAGACCACCCGCGAGAUCCGGCGCUUCGCCGUCGACCUGCCCGCCCGCUACCAGCCUAUACGGGAGAAGGUCGCCGAGCUUUUCCAGGGGCUGCUCCGCAAUUCUGCCGCCGCCACGGGAGCCUUUCAAAUGUACUAUAAGGAUGAAGAUGGUGAUAUGAUCGCUUUUUCCAGUGAUGAGGAAUUGAAGUUGGUUCCACCCUCUGUGAAAGCUGGAGUUUUUCGGAUUUAUGUUAAAGCUUGUUUGUGUCUUUCAGAAAAAAAGGAGCUUAAGCAUGUGAACCGUCAUUCCUGCAACAAGGAGCAUUCUCCAAACCUUGUGCAUCCUAAUGUGAUCUGCGAUGGCUGUGAGGGCCCAGUUGUGGGUGCCAGAUUCAAAUGCGCAGUUUGUCCAGACUAUGACCUGUGCAGCACUUGUGAGGGGAAAGGUGUUCAUAAGGAGCAUAACAUGAUCAUGUUUCCAAGUCCAUUCCACCAGCUUGAGUGGCUUCUUCAAGGUCGCUGGCUUCGUAAAAUGAGACAUGAUGCUUGCUCCUUUCCCUGGUUGCGUGGUAGGGGACACCCACGUUCUGCCCAUCAGCACCAGAAUUCUGGCCAGGCACAAACUAGUACUUCUGCUCAAAGUGAUGCUCCAGAGCGUGAAACCACCAGCAAUGAAGCUCAAGACUCCAGUGUCAACUUCCUGAAGAAUGUUGGAGAAAGUGUUGCUGCAUUCCUGGGUCCACUUGGCAUUGAAGUGGAUAUUGAUGUAGAACAUCAGGGCCAAAGAAGCAAAGUAUCACCUACACAAUCUAGUUCUGAGAAGAGCUGCCCCAAACCUAGCAGUCCUACUGAGCAGACCAAACCAGAAGCAAAAUCUGAAAAUAAUCCAGACAUAAGUGAUGCUCUUGCAAACCAAAUGCAGGAGAUGAUAGUCUGUUCUCCACCUACACAGAUGGAAGAAGAGAAUAUUUUGUCACAGGAACGAGGUGAAUCCAGUGGUAGUUCAGGAGGAGAUGAAGACUGGACCCAUUUAUCUUCAAAGGAAGUAGAUCCUUCAACUGGUGAAUUGCAGUCCUUACAAAUGCUAGAGGAAGACAGCCCAAGAUCUCUAAAUCCUGUCGAAGCUCCCACUAAUGCUGGACCAACAGGCUUGCGAGAAGCUGCAAUGUACCCUCAUCUUCCACCCGAAGCAGAUCCUCUUCUGAUUGAAUCCUUGUCCCAGAUGCUCUCGAUGGGAUUCUCUGAUACGGGAGGCUGGUUGACUCACCUGCUGCAUUCAAAGAACUACGACAUUGGGGCAGCCCUGGACGCUAUCCAGUAUGCCAAGCAACCACCCGCUUCCAAAUAGCUCUUGUAUAACUCAUAGUUCUUAACACACAUUGUUAAAGCCUCUUUUUAUACCUUUCUUCUUUCUGUAACGAUCUGAUUGUAAUUCCAUAUUCAUAGAUAACAUUUCCAAAAGUAGUUCUUUCUUAUGAACCGGGUAAGGGUUAAUAUUUACACAAGAAAUAGAACUAGUUUAAAGUUAUGACAGGUGAUCUUUUACCGUCAAGUUGUGGCAAUGGCACUGUCAGAGGACAACGGUAUUUUGCUUUCAGGUUGGUAGAUCUUCCAUGUUUAGUCACCAUCAUGGAGCCAUGUGAUUGUUAGACAUUUUAUUUUAGUGCUUCUUUAUUGAAUUUAUAACAAGUUUGUUUAAUUAGAGGUAUAUCAAUUUAUUAAAAUAGGUACCAGUAAUAAUAUUAGCUUUUAUAAGCUAUCAAUUGUUCAAACAUUUGAUUUUUGUAAAAAGCCUUUGCUUUCCAUGCUUCUUUAUAAUGGUCCCAUUAACAAUACAGCAUAGCUCUACUGAUAAUUAAAGCCUUUUUGUGCCAUGCCUAAAAUA